UUUAAGAUUUGAAAGGGCCAGGUUGUGUUUGCGCUGGUUUUCGCCUGAUAUUCUGUUUUCAUUACCAUCUCCGGUCAGUAGCAGUUUUUGAUAAUGCGCUAAUAAAGUAAUAAAAAAGUAAAAGUUUUUUAACAAAUGAAAUAUUCUGAAUGAAAGUUGAGUGGAUUUAGUGUAAAGAAGUUGUGCCGGAAAGAAUCGGUUUAUUUUGCUGUGAAAGUUGGCCGAUAAAAGCUGAAAGUGCUUAAUAGGAAAUUUUUCCUAACAAGAGGGUGGAUUUUCACUUCUCCACUUUUCUCUUCAAUUGCCUGUGUUUGUUGUAUCAAAGUUCGUUGAUUGAGUUUUUUGUGCGAAAAAAGUAAGAAAAGUGCAAAACGCAUACAAAGUGUAUUGAAAUCAAAUGAAAAUGUGUGCUUAAAAUUAUGCUAUUAAAUAGCUCCAAAAUAAAUAAAAAAAGUUUAAAGUUAACAAAAUGUUUAAUAAAAGAAUUCGAGACUUUUACAAGUAAAUCGCAUUCGGUAUUGUCUACAAACAAGAGCAAGUGAAAUAAAACCUGUGUGUAGAGAAGAAAUUAAAAUCAUUUAAAUUACAAAUCUAGUUUCCGCCGCAGACGCGUUCAUUCAGUUCCAAAAGAAUUUGGAUACGCCAAGCGGUUGGCCAAACACAUAAAAAGCGACAAAUAAAAACAUCUACCAGCUCAAGCGGUUAAACGGCAACAAAAACGAUAACAGUUGGAAGGGCACGGAAGGCCACUUGCCUCACUGGCAACCACAGCCUCAACGCAAGAGCCAACAACGACAAUCCCUUCCGUUGUUGCACCGCCAACACCUACUCUUUGAAUUUCCGGUAAAUCCUGUUUUGCUGGCGUGCAUUGCUGCGCUCCAGUUGCGCUCCACUUGACUUUCGCCGCAAAAAUUCUGCACAAGUUGGGUAAGAUGUCGACGCGUUCCCAGUUGACGAAGGAUUUAAACGAAAGCGUUAAAUCCAUACUGGGCCGUCACACAAAAAUUCUGGUCAAGUAUAUGGUUAAAUUGGAGACGAAAGGUGACAAAACCGAAAAUCGUGUUUUGGUUUUCACGCCAGUUCGUAUUUAUUUGCUAAUCGCAAAGGUGCCCACAAAGAUCGAAUGUCACUUUCACUACUUGGACAUACAGGCAGUGGAAAGCAAAAAGUCAACACAUUUCUCAAUCGUCACAAAUGAUCGGCCGUAUUCAUUUGCCACCAGCUUCGAUGCGGGGAGCUUCAGUGCGAACGCUGAUGUUAUACUCACCGAUUUGGCAUCGGCAAUUAAGCACAUUUUCCCAACAGUUCCUCUCAAGUACAUCAUAAGAAGGAUCGACAUUCAACCACCCGAGCGUGAGGUUGUGUUUUCCGAGGAAUUUCGUCCCACAGAUCCACGCAGUGUUGGCCCGUGUGGUGGCUUUAGCACACAAUAUGCUUGCAUGUGUGAUUUCCAUGGGGUUCCCUACAGAGAGGAAGUCGCUUGGGAUAUCGAUACAAUUUAUUUAUCCCAUGAUACACGCGUGUUGAAUUUGCGUGAUUUCGAUCAUUUGGAACCAAAAGACUUAAUGGCCAUUGUGUCCGCAUUGGAAUAUAAUACAUUCUUUCGCGGCCUAAAAGCAUCACAUAUGCGCCUCUCCAAUGAGACUUUGGAGCGUAUACUACACGUGCUCAAGCGUUCAAUGUGGCUGGAAGAGCUUCAUUUGGAGGCAUUAGGUUUAAGAUCGGAUUUUCUGCAUAAAUUAGCUGUAUCUGUGAUUACAAACAACAAUCCCGCAAUACGUACGAUCGAUCUGAGUCAUAAUUUAAUUGAGGAUAAAGGUGCUAUCCACCUGGCCGGUCCCAUUGCCAAAGUUUCGAAAGGUCUUUGCAAGCUGGCGCUCGCUCACUGUGGUCUAACAUCGAAGGGUGUGAAUCAAAUGUCGCAUUCAUUGUCGCUGAAUCAAAGCAUUUCCAAUUCACUCACACAUUUAGAUUUAAGUGGCAAUAGUCUCAAGGAUGAUAUAACAAAUUUACAUAAUUUUUUGGCACAACCGAAUGUUUUGGAACAUUUGGAUCUCUCAUCGACUGAUAUUACCUUGGAGAAUUUAUUUGGUGCCCUUUUACGCGGUUGUGCAACGCAUUUAUCACACUUAAAUGUUUCACACAAUUCAUUUAGCACAAAAAAAGGCAAAGAGAUACCGCCAUCAUUUAAACAAUUCUUUACGAGUACAUUGAGUUUAAAACAUUUAAAUAUUGCCGGUUGUAAACUGCCAAUGGAGGCGCUCAAAAACUUACUACUCGGUUUAGCUUGCAACGAGUCGACAGCUGGGCUGUAUUUAGAUUUAAGUGGCAAUACGUUAGGUGCCCAGGGCGCGCACGUUUUGGAAUCAUGCAUACAUGGUGUACGGGUUUUACAAAGUUUAGAUAUAAGUGACAAUAAUUUGGAUGCCGAAUUAGCUCCCGUUUUAACAGCGAUUUCGAAAAAUCCCUCAAUACGUACGCUUUACAUGACACGCAGCUUGACAGGCAUGAAAUUGAAACAUAUUCCCACCGUUAUGGACGCGCUUGUAAAUCUGAUACAGAAAGACGAUUUCCCGUUGGCUGAAUUGGUGAUCUCCGAAAAUAAAUUAAAGAAUGAUAUACAUGAUUUCAUUAAUGCACUGGGAAGUAAUCAGAGUUUGCAAAAAUUAGACAUUAGCGGCAAUUUCAUGGGCGACGUGGGUGCGCGUCUGCUCGCCAAAGCGCUGCAAAUCAACAACAAAUUGCGCACAAUUUACAUGGACAAGAACAACAUCACACCACAGGGUUACGCCGAUAUCGUUUACGCAUUAGAGAACAAUCACAGCAUGCGCACCAUACAAUACCCUGUCUUUGACAUCACGCCACACAUGAAAAACCACCCGGAGAAGACCGAUGCGAUUAUGCGCAAAAUGCAAGAGCUAUUACAACGCAACUGCAACGGGCUCAAGCGCACUAACGGCCAAGGUUUUCGACUGCAACACGGUUUCAUGCUCUCCUCCACACACCAGCUGGUCGACAAGUUGGUAGCCGAAACACAGGACAACAUCUCGGUGGCAAAGGGUAGCGAUUCGUCGGCCGUGCAGCGGCUGAUUGAUGACGCCGAAAAUUGCAAACAAUUAAUGCCAAAGCUCCAAGAAGCUGUACGCUGUGAAUCGCAUCCGGUGGAAAUAAAGCUAACGCGCAUCGCCAGUGAUCUCAGUUACACCAUACAGGGUUAUCUGGAGGAAACACUGGAGACGAUGCUGCGUACUGCUGUGGAGCAAUGCCCAAAAACUUUGGGCAGCCAAAUGGUCGUGCAAGACUUGCGUAAAGCGCUGAGUGAGCGUCUACAAAUACCCGAAGAUUUUCUACAGAGUUGUCUGCUGAAUAAUGCCGGCAGUGAGAUCAUGAACAAAGUGGGGGAAAUCGAACAAUCCUUGGCGGCAUCCAUCUCCGAUCGCGCCACUGAUGAAGUGCUGGAGGCGCUGACACGCUAUCGACGCGGCCUGGGCAUUGCCGAUUCGCCAUCUGUGCUGCUCGAUGAACCGCAAACACCUGAUAUUGUGCGCAGCCGUUCGAGUCAUGAUGCCGAUGGUCUGAUAAUACGCCCCGGACGUGGUUCAGUCCUACCCAAAAUGGGUCUGGAAUCGCCCACUAAAUUGGAAUAUCUGAACCUUGCUACACCACACAUGCCCACCAAGCGUCGUUCGGUGGCGCGCAAAGUGCGUCCUCAGUCCGUCGUGGAGAACCUCAGCUUAGGCCAUAUACCCGAUCUGCUGGAGUCACCCUCGUCGCAUCGCUCCUCGUCACAGCUGUCGCCACGCGAUUCGAAUGGCAUGGGCGCCAGCGUUGCCGGCACCACCACCGGUGGCAGUGGCAAUGGCUUAGACGAUUUAGGUGGCGACGAAUGCGGCGACUCAAUUACUGAACUGCCCAGCGCCUCAUUCCAAUUGCAACAUCUGGUUAAAGGGCGACCGAAACGUGCUAAGACGCGCGCACCAACGCGCCCACUGGUUGCGGUGGACAAUAGCGCCGGUCCGAGCACCAAAGAGAUAGGCGAGGGUUUGGAUUUGUUCUUUCGUCCCGGUUCGGUGACGCCGACCACGUUGACUCCGCUGAUUUCACCCACCUCCGAAGAGUGCAGCUCGCUAUCUUUUGUCGACAGUCCCACGAUGAGUCGUGAUGGCAACGGUCAUUUGACAUCCGAGGAGACAACACCCAUCUUGGAGGAGCGCAGACCCAUUAAGCUGGAUCGACAGUCGCCAUUGCUCAAGGGCGUGCCAUGGACUACACGUUCCCGUUCGACAGACAAUUUGGAGAAAUAUUCACCACUAAUUGGCCGUAAAUCGCCGCUGGUGAAAAUGCGUACGGAAGGUGGCAGCGUUGCGGCGCAUGAUGAUCCCAAUUCAGUGUUGAAAGCACCGGAGCGUGAGAGUAAAAUGCGCUCGCCAAGCACCGAUUCGAUACGCAGCCACACUGGUGGCGAUGGCAUCAGUGUUAAGCCCACUAAUGGCAUUAUACGCACACCAAUCAUACUACAAAAGCCACGUCCCUGGUCAGUAGUGGGCAAUGAGCCCAAAGCGCCUGGUGCUAAUGACUUCCAAAGCAGUGACUCGAGUAAAACGACGCCGGAAAAACUCGAUGAAGGUAGUCUGAGUCAAUUUAUGAAAUUCUCUUGUAACGUGCUUAAUUGUUUACAAAUUUCAGAUGCAGAAUCCUUAUCGUUCAGUCAGAGCAGCAACAAUGUUGGCAUGGCGCCAGGUCCUGCAUUGGAGAAGAAAUCCGUUAGAGAACUUGCAGCAGGCUUAAGCCGCUUGGAACUACCAAUGAAGCCACAAGUGUUGCCGAGAACCCUGCUCACCAGCGCAUCGGCUAUAUCCAAGUCAUCGUCGACCUCGCACAUUACCAGCACGAAUAGUAGUAGUGUGAGUGGUAGCAAUAGUGCGAGCAGUCGUAGUAGUAGCACUACAACAACAACAACAAUGCUACAAACGCAACGCAUGCGUAUAAGAAGUAAUAGCAGCAGCAGCAGUAGCUCUACAACAACAACAACGAAUAACACUUCGUCAAACGGCAAUGAUAACCACGAAACGUUGCUCACCAAAACCGUUAUCACUGAAAAUGGCAAUGGCAGCAGCAGCAGCAGUUUCAUUACGAACGAAGUCAUUAACAUACGAAACGGCGCCAACAGCUGCAGCACCGCAACCACCCACAAUCGCGAUAGCACCGCAAGCACAAACGCAAGUGAAAGCAGCAAUGUGGACCGUUUGAGCAGCGGCAGUAAUGCCUCGAGUUUGGGCAUACCCGUCGGUGGAUUCAAACGCAUUGCGGGCAAAGAGAUUUCCGCUUUAUUCGAGGAGACAUUAGUUGAAGGCCUACAACGCUCUUCGACUCGACGAUUAUUUAGAGACACACAAUACACAAAGGAAGAUGUUGUUGAUUUGUGAGACAACUAAAAAUAAAAAUAAAAAACAUUUUCAAAGUGAAAUGCAGAGCUGCAGCGAAGGAGAUGCACCUACAACAGCAAUAUGUGGUAGUGAUAGUGAUUUAUGUAGUAAAAUGGAUGAAACAACUUAAGAUAAGGCAAUACAAUUAAAGGAAGAAAAAACGUUACUACGAAACAUUGCAUAUGCAAUAAAACCAAUAACAAAUGCGAAAUUAGCAUUAAAGUGAAAACAAAUUGUGAAAAUUUCAUGUAAUCAACUGCUUUAAAAUUGUUUAUAUAUUAUUUUCAAUGACUUCGUGCAAUUUGUGCAAUCUUUACCAGCCUUAUUUUGUAAUUCUGAUCAACGUUUUUUUAUAUAAUAUUUAUAUUUUAAAUUUUUUGGAUGCAUUACUGAGAUAUAUGCAUUGUUUGCAAUUUGAAAGUAUUUCAAAUGUAAAUUAAAUCAUUAUAUAUAUGUAUAUGAGCAAAUGUUUAUAAAUUUGUAUUUAUCUAAUUUUAUAAAUUUACCUUAACUUUCGAUAUUAAAGAGUUAUGUAUGUGUUUUAGUUUUUAGUUUAUGUAUAUAUUGCAUAUUAGUGGUGAUUCAUAUUUCGACUUGAACUAACAUUUACAAUAAAUUAUAAUUAAAAUAAAAAACAAACAUAUAAGGUGUGUGUGUGCGCGCGUUUUAUAUUAACUAAACUUGUACGUAUUUACAUAUGCUGAUAAACAUUUCUAAUUAUCUAAAUAUGUAUGUAUUGAUUUUAAGUGCCAAUCAUAUUUUAUGAACAAAUAAAUAACCUACAAUAAAGGGAAUAAAUAAAAGAAUAAACGAUGGCUAUUUAAAGAAACAAAAGAAAAAUAUGCGGUAACUUACGGAAAAUACUUAUUUCAACGACGAUUUAACGUUAAUUUAUAAACCGAAAAUUAAUCUGUGCAUUUGUAUGUGCAAAUAUAUAUUAUACCUACAUUUAUAUUUUUAUAACUGCUUCCAUUCGAACGCAAUAAGUUUGUGCGGUUGUUUUUUAAGUAUACGUAGUAAAACAUGAAAAUUUUUCGAAGUGAUUUUGUAUUUUGGGGCUUAGUUGAAAAACUCAAAAUUUAUUGUUUUAAAUUUUGGCGAUAGGGGUAAUGCGCUUUUGCUACUUUUUUUUGUUGUUCAUACAUUUUGCAUUAUUUUGUCAAAAUGAGUUUAUUUUCCACUAACUCACAAGUAAAUUCUAAAUAUUAAUAUAAUUAUAAUGAUAAAAAUGACAAUCUUAAAAUGCAUUUAUUAAAAAUAUAAAUGUUUUUUCUUUUUUAUUUUGUGUGCUAAACCAGAGACGUGUUCCAGAUUUUUUAUUUGUACAAACAAAUCAACGAGUUUAAACAAAUUUUUUCUAAUUUUUAAAUUAAAACAGUUACGGGCUUUUAUUAUCUGUAACUUUUAUGCAAUAUAUUAAAAGAAUGCCACAAUAAUGCAAAACAAAAAACAGUUCAAUUUAUAUGAAAUUUAAAAUUACGAAUUUGACACAUAGAAAAAUGUAAAAUUCAACUUAAAUUAUAAUAAGAUAAAACAACAAUAUACGAUAAAGUAAGAGCGUUGACAUAAUAAGCAUUUCUUUAUGUAGAAAGCAUUUGGGUUAAAUUGUCGGUUUGGAAUAUUGAACAAAAAAUUUCUAGUCCCCACCUUGCAAUAUUAAAUAAAAAAUCAACUGCACUGAAAACACAUAUAGUUGAAAUAAAUAAUUAAAUACAUCAUAUAAGAUUAGUGUAAACACAACAAAAAAUGUUUCACAAAACAAUAAUAAUAAUUACAAAAUAAAAUUUCAAAAAAUUAUUAAUCGUUUUAUUUUAUUUAGACGUUAGUAGCAUUAAUUAAAGUCCAAACAGAAAGAAUAUUCCAGUUGGGAUUUCUAAAAUAGACUUUGUAAUGCAACCGUGUUCUUUUUUAUUUGAAUUGGGCAGCACUGUCCUUUUUGACAUGCGGCUGUCAAAUGUAGUUUUUUUUGCAGUAUCUGACGCUUGUCCUCAUUGUAGUUUUCAAUUGUUUUGAUAUUUCUAUGAUAAUCGGAUAAUUUCACGGUAAAAGUAGUAUAUUAAAUAUUACAUUAAAGUGGUAACAAGCAUACUGUCACACAUACGCUAUAAAAUUUUUAAACAUGGU